GGUGGGGUGGGGGGGACGAAAAAUACCUUUUUAGAGAGGAGAAAAAUCAGUAAAAUUUCGAUGGGUGUGAGCGUGUGUGUGUGUGUUAGAAUUUUAGAGGAAUUGGAAAGAGAGGAAGGAAGGAAGGAAGGAAGAAGGAAAAAGGGAGGAAUAUUGUGAGAAAAAAAGAUGGGCAAUGGAAGACUCCAAAAUGAGAUGGCUCUGCCACGCAAAGAUGCCACCUCAAGAGCAAAAAAAAUGGGGCCACCAUCUCUCUGGAUUCUGUCUCUCUUUCUCUCUCUGUCUUCCUCUUUAUACAAUCUUUCUUCUUUUUCUUCUUGAUUUUCUUUCCCGGACUCCGCGCUCUGUAGCUUCCGAUACUCAUUCAAUGGGGGCGCUACUAUGGGGUAACGGUGUGAAUCGAUUGGAGUUUUUUGUUCAGGAUUUUCUUCUUCUUCCACGGUGUGCCAAAAUUUGCCAAUUUUGUGCGCUAUUCUGACAGAUUCUGUCAAAACAAAAAUUAGCGCCCCACUUAAUGCUGAGACUGGUGAUUGCUAGGGAGCCCUUAUUGGGAGGACUCCAUAACAAAAAAAACAACAAAAAAAAAACAAUACAAAAAUCAUUAAAAAAAAACCCUUAUUUGAACAAAAACAAGGACACCAUCGAGGAUAACAAAGAAGUUUAGAGAAGAAGACAUAAAAAAAAGUGAAUAAAACUUUGUUUUUUUAAUUUUUUUAUUUUUUUCCUAAAAAAAUAAAUUUUCAAAAAUUAAAAAAAAAGUGAUUUAAAAGUGCUUAAAAAAACAAAAAUACCGAGGUAGUGGACUCAAUUUCAAAAUCGCACUUAUGAUGAGUAUUAUGACGACAAAAAAAGAAAUGUGAAUAUUAGGUUAGGUUUUUAGAGAAUAAAAAUUACACGAAAAUAAUAAUUUAAAAAAAAAAUUCAAUGCGAAUUUUGCUGUGAAAGUUCUCUUAAAUAAAAAAAAAAACAAACAAAUCUUAUUAGGAAACUAAUAAAUACCCCGCCACAAUUAUCUCAGAUAAAAUUUAAAAAUAAAAAUAAAAAAUAGAUUUAAGAAAAAUAAAAGGAAAAAAAAACCAACAAAUCAGACUUCAGACAAAAAUUAGGACUUUAGGAAAUAUUGAGAGAUUUUGGACGCAAAGAAACAAACUGAAAAAAGAAAAAGAAGAAAUUGCAAAGCAACCUGUCAAUGUGCAUUUACACAACAACCAAGAACAACAACUAAAAGUGCGGAUUUCUCAAAUGCAGGAACGAUAUUGUAUCUAAAAGACUCAAACUCAGUGUGACAAAAAAAAAACUAAGAAUUAAACAACAAAAAAGCUAAAAGUCAAAUCAAGUAAUAAUUUUAAGGCUAUUAAUACUAAAUUAAAGAAGAAGAAAAAAAAAAGUAUAAUAAGAAAGAAGAAUACCCAUACAAAUUUUACCUUAAAAAAAACAACAACUAAAAUAGAGAAAAAAAACAUUAGAUUUAAUAAAUAAAAUGUGAGAAAUAGUGACAUUUAAAACAAAGAACGUAUAUAAUAUAUGAGUGUUUUGUAGUGAAAUAAAGAAAUCAACAACAACAAAUUAAAUUGAAGAUCAUUGAUCGCCAGAUAAAUUAUAUUGGUAUAUAUAUACAUAUAUUUAAGACAUUCAAACAUCCGAGUAAAAAAAAAAAGAAAGAAAAUGAAAAUGCCUUUGUACUGAAUUAUGAGGAUAUUAACAAUUUAACCUAUAAGGCCAAUACAUUUAUCUAAAAGUAAAAAAAAAAACCACAAAACAAAAAGAAUUAUAGAAAAGAAACAAGAAUAAAAAUAAGUUAUAUAAGAUAAUACAAAAAGAAAAAAAAACAAAAAAUUAUAAUAAUCACUAAAUACGGUGAAAAGGAGAUAAAACUGAUUUGUGAGGAAACCUACAUAAUCGAAUAUAUAUUUAAUUAAAUGAUUUUAAAGAAGAAAACAUUAAUUAAUGAUAAAUUUAAAGAAAAAAAAACAAGAAACCAACAACCACAAGCAAAUGAAAAGGGAAUAAUGUAAGUAAAACAAACAAAAAAAUUUAUUAAAAAAAAAUUAGCAAAGAUAAAAAAAAGAAAAGAUUGAUAGAGAAGUAAAAGGAAACCUAUCUUCUAAUUAAGAGUGAAUUAAAAAAAAACAACAAAACUGAUUUAAAUAAGGAAAAAUUAAUUGAUAGAACAAAAAAAAACACACCAUACUGAUAGAAAACGUUCAAAGCAAAAAAGGAAAAUUAAAACCCAACAUCUUUAAAAAAAAAAACAAUUUAAAAUUAAAAAAAACCCAUAACACUUUGUAAUACCCGUGUCAUUUAACUAAAAAAAAAAACAACAAGGACAAAAAAGAGACGAGCAAACACAAAAACAAAAAUACUACAAUUAAAAAUUAGAAAAAAUAAAAGAAAAACCUUUAAUAUAAACCGUUUAUUUUUUUCCAACGCUCUUUAAAAGAAAAAAAAUAAAAACAAAACAAAAAAAAACCGAAAAUUAAACAGUCUGUCGGAUAUUAGAUCUUAAAAAUCUUUUGGGAAAACAAAAAGAUAUCUAGUAAACAAAAAAAAAACACUCACUUACAAGUAUUAAGCAAAAAAACACAGAAUAAAAAGAAAAUUGUUCGUGAUAAUAAUUUAGUGAAAAUAAAAUUUAAAAAAAAAACAAAAUAAUACAAUUUAAUUUUCUGUUUUGGAGAGAGCAACUGAGUCACAAGACGUGAAAAAAUAGAAGAAAACAAAAAAAAAAACUAAUAUAGUAAAAAAUAAAAUUCCAUGUUACUAAAUUAAAAAAAAAAAAUAAAACAAAAAGACAACAACUCAAACAAAAAGAAAAAAAUCCUUGGGAGAGCUUCAAAAACAUUAAAAAAAAAUAGAUUUAACAAAAAAACAAAAAAAACUAAAUUAAAAUAAAUAAAAUAAAAAAAAACCAUCGAAUCGUCAACGGCGUACGAGAUGGUUAAAUCAAAUGAAUCACGUCGGUUAGCUGUUGCAAAUCAACCAAUAUUCGAAACAAUGAAGACCAAAAGAGGAGAUUCAGUGGAGACAUUUAUCGUCUUUGGACGAGACGAAUCUGUGAUAUUGAACGUUAGUUUUAAUGCGUCGACGGCGGACAUGAUGACAAAAAGGGGACCAGAUCCGUCCUUAGAGGGCUUUGCGGCGAAACAUCACCAAUUUACAAUAAUCGUAAUCGAUGACGGUUCUUCCAUUGAUUUCAUCCGCUCUUGUGUGCUUGGGGGCAUUUUGCAAGGAAUCCACCGUGUGGUUGGCGACCGUUCGACUGGCUGGGUCGAUUGUACAAAUGUGUCUAUUGGACGACCAAGGAAUGUGCAUGCGCUUUCAAUAUCUGUGGUUAAUACAUCAACUUUAUAUGACUAUUUAGAUAGUUUGUGUGUAUCAUAUAUUGAUGGUUACAAUUUACUACAAAAUUUAAUCCUAAUUAUGAUGAAAUGUCAAAUGAUACAUCCAUCAACUAUUUAUCGUCAUAUUGAUAUCAAUAUCUUCCACCGAUGUGACGAUUAUAGUAAUAAUAAUUAUAAUUAUAAUAAUAACAUUAAUAAUUAUGAUAAUAAUGACAAUGAUAAUGAUGUGUGUGUUGUAUGCUGUUGUGUAUCAAAUUAUGUUACCACAAAAUUUGAAAAAAAAAUCAGUGAUAAAACAAAUGGUGCUUCAAAUAUAAUUGCAACUGAUGACAUUCCCACUGACAAUUCAUCAUCAUCAAAUUAUGUUAAUUUUGACAAAUUGUGUGGUUGGAUUGAGCGUGAAGCAUGGCUGAGGCCACUAGUGCCACCACUUAGAUUGUGCGGUGGUGGUGAGGGGGCACUGACGAAUAGUGUAGCAAGUGGAUGGGGUAGUCCAUCGACGGCAGCAGCUACGACAGCGCCACCAACGAGUGGAGCUGCACCACCAGUGACAGCUACACCAGCGCCAGCGCCACAUACCGUUACAUGGAGUGGUAGUGGUUCUGGUCAGAGUCGUGACGGUAAGGCACCGGGUGGUGUUCCUAAGAAUCAACUUGAACAACUAAAUACCAUGCGUGAGGCAUUAUUUGCUCAAGAUGGCUGGGGUUGCCAGCAUGUCAAUCAGGAUACACAGUGGGAUGUACCAACAUCCCCUGAACCUGGUGCCCCAAAAGCCGAAUCACUGCCCCAGGCGGCACCGGCUCCCCCGACUGCAUGGAAGGCAUCUGUUAACAAUGGCACAGAUCUGUGGGAGGCUAAUCUCCGAAAUGGUGGUCAGCCACCACCACAGCCUGUGGCUAAGACACCAUGGGGUCAUACGCCAUCGACCAAUUUGGGUGGUACAUGGGGAGAAGAUGAUGAUACCGCUGAGGGUGGUAAUGUAUGGACUGGGGCACCAGCAGCUGCAACUGCAUCGGUGCCCCAAUGGGGUGGUGCUGCUGGUGGUGGUGGUGGUGGUAGUGGUCCUGGUGGUGGUAUGUGGCAACAGGGACAGGCUGGAUGUGUCCCCAAGAAGGAUAGUGAAUGGAGUGGGGGCGGUGGGGGUGGGGGAGGUGGUGCUGGAGGUGGUGGUGCAUGGCAAGAUCCACGUGAGAUGCGUGGUGCACCAAUUGGUGGAAUAGAUCCACGGGAAAUGCGUGGACCUAGUGCAGAUCCUCGGGAUUUGCGUAUGGUUGACAAUCGAAUGGAACAGAUCCGGGAUAUGCGUGGUGAUCCACGGGGGAUCUCGGGACGGUUGAAUGGGGCUUCGGAAAUGUGGGGACAGCAUCAUGCUAUGGCAGCUGCAGCUGCAGCUGCUCAUGGUCAAAUCCCCUUGAAUAAGAUAGUAUCGCAGAAUCAGGGUGGUCAAUGGGGUGGUGCUACGGCAUCUGUAGCCCCCCCGAAAGACCUUCCCCCUUCGAUGGGGAAACCAAGUGGUUGGGAGGAACCAUCACCGCCAGCACAGAGACGUGCAGUUGGUAAUUUUGACGAUGGUACAUCACUUUGGGGUCAACAAUCUGGAUCAUCGAGACUUCCGGGUGUUAGUCACUGGAAGGAUGGUCCGGAUUCUGGUGGUCGUGGUGGUGGUCCAUUGAUGAGACCCGGUGUAGGAAGUGGUGGGGGUGUUGUAAGUACUGGUCCAAUGGCAGGAUCAGCUACUGGACAACGUAUAGCCAAGGAAACCGGUGGAAUGUGGCGAAAUGGUGCAUGGGAAGAUACAAAUACCCCAUCAACCCAAAAUACCGGAUGGGAUGAUAAAAUACCGCCAUCUGGUGGUGCCUGGGGUGGUAGUACUACCACACCCAAUGAUACAUGGCAAAAAUCAACAAAUACAACACCCGGUAAACCCGGAAUGUGGCCUGGGGAAAAUGAAUUAGAAUGGAAUACCAAGGCCACAGGGAAUCAAAGUGCCCCUACCAAAAUUCCAACCAACCAAAUUGACAUUCUCCGCAAUAGUAAACAACUCAGACUACUCCAUGAGAUGGGCUUCAAGAAGGAAGAUGCCGAAGUAGCCCUACGUAUGACAAAUAUGAAUGUCGAUGAAGCCCUUGAGGUACUAAAUCAACAACGUGGUGCCGUGGAAUCAUGGCGACGGCAUGAGGAACAUGGUAAUUUUGAUCCAACGUAUCAACAACAGAAUCGCUUCCCCACCAAUCCAAAUGCCAUGCAAUUUCAAAGUGGACCAUCAUCGGGUGCCAUUAUGGCAAAUAUGGCAACAGCCGGUGGUAUUGGUGCUAUCCAGUCACUUCCAAUUCCAAAGUAUCACUGUGGCCAUGGAGCACAACCACCACCUGGCAAUGGGGCUACAUUUGCCCAAAAUCAACCACCACCACAACCAUCUGGACAACCAUCGACCCAACAACUCCGAAUGCUAGUCCAACAGAUCCAAAUGGCCGUUCAGGCUGGCUAUCUAAAUCAUCAGAUACUGAAUCAACCACUUGCACCCCAAACACUCCUGCUCCUCAAUCAACUACUCAACAACAUUAAGCAAUUGCACCUGACUCAGUCAAAUAUGUCAUCACGUGGUGGUGUCAAUGGGCUACAGCAUAGUGUUGCUGUGACAAAAUUAAAGCAACAAAUAUCAAAUUUGCAAAAUCAAAUAACAGCCCAACAGGCAAUUUAUGUAAAACAGCAACAAUCGAGCCAUUCAGCAACAUCAGGAGGUGAUUUCGUACUGCGUUCACAACACGAUCCAAUAGCAACACUUCAGGGGAAUUUCUCUGAAAUAGCCCUAAAUAAGCAACAAGAACAACCACCGUAUCAGACCACAACCACGCAGCAGAGUCGUCUGAAUCAGUGGAAAUUGGGUGCAUUGGAAAAAGAUGGUGAUACAGAUUUUUCCAGGGCACCUGGUACCACAUCAAAAGCAACACUAUCCACAACAAGUUCCACAAUGGGAAGUCUUGGCCUUCAGGGUGAUGGAACAUGGUCAACUGGACGAAAUGUUAGCGAUGGUUGGCCAGAUGCCAGUGUCAUUGAAUCAGAUGCUUCCAAGGAUUGGCCAACUGGUCAGACAUCACCAUCAGCUGCUUUUACCGAUCUUGUGCCCGAAUUUGAACCCGGUAAACCAUGGAAAGGUACACAAAUGAAGACAAUCGAAGAGGAUCCAAGUAUAACACCUGGAAGUGUUGCUAGAUCACCUCUAUCGAUAACAGCCAAGGAAAGUGACUUAUUUACAGGGAGUAGUAAGACAUCACCAACUGAUAUGCAACCAAUAAGUCUAUCAUCAUCAACAUGGAGUUUCAAUCCAUCGGCAAAUCAGCAGAAUUUUACCAGGUCCACAGCCAAAUUGGGCACUAAAAGUAAUAGUUGGAGCGAACAUAUGGGUCAACCGUCGCAGACAACAUCAGAAUUAUGGGGUGUACCUGUGUCAAAGGCAUCAAGAGGACCACCACCGGGUCUUGGUGCUACAAAAGGUGCUACUGGUGCAUCAAAUGGCUGGGUACCAGGUACCAUAAGUCGUGGUAUUAGUCAACCAUCAUGGCCAAAUAAUUGGGGACACUCAACAUGGCUCCUUCUGAAGAAUCUCACGCCACAGAUUGACGGUUCAACUCUUAGGACCCUGUGUAUGCAACAUGGUCCACUACAGAAUUUCCAUAUGUACUUGAAUCACAGCAUAGCCCUGUGCAAGUAUUCGAGUCGUGAGGAAGCUCAGAAGGCACAAAUGGCACUAAAUAAUUGUGUUCUUGGCAAUACGACAAUUUGUGCUGAAUCACCAAGUGAAAGUGAAGUACAGAAUAUACUGCAGCAUCUGGCUGUACCAGCUGCUGCUGCUGCUGCUGCUACUCAACCACCAUCAACUCCUGCCAGCACUGGUGCCACCUGGCGACCCACAAAUCAACCACCAGCUGCAAGAAAUUCAGCGCCAAAUGACACGUGGGGUACAGGAUCGGUGUGGACACAGGGUAGUAGUGGUAGUAACCUGUGGACACCACUCGAAAGUGGAACUGAACGUGGUACACCGUCAAAUUUAAACUCAUUCCUGCCUGAAAAUCUCCUUGGCGGUGAAUUGAAUUAAGAACACGACAAAUUGACAGAGACAGAGAGAGAUAGAAAUGAAUUUACUACUAAAAGAAGCAUGCUCCAAAAGUGCUUUCCUGUGAUUUCUUUUUCUUAAAUAUUUUUAUCUUCUUCUUCUCCUUCUUCUUAUGUCUUCAAUGUGAGAAAAAAAAAGAUAUUAAUUAAAUAGUAAAAGGAGAAUCCUUGAGUGGUCACAAAAAAAAACAAAAACAAAAUGGAGAUUUUUUGCUGAGUGACGCACAAAAGAAAAAGAUAACCAUAUAGAGGUGUAAAA